CAUCUCACCCUCAACUCGUCUCCUCACAAACCCUAUCUUUCCCAAUGCUGCCCGCCACACAUUCCUAAGCCACCACCUCCCUCUCCCCUUUUAAAACCCAAUCUCCAAAAUCCCCAAUUCCUCAAACCCUAAAUCCCUCAUUGCUUCAAUUAAACCCCAAAAGACUCUUCCUUUCUCCAAUUCUGAUCGCCAUUUUCCUCUUCCAGAUUUUGGGUUCUCUUCCUUUCUUCAAUUCCUAAAUCCGAACCCAAAAAGACUCCACCUUUUUCGAUUUUCCCCAAUUCUUAAAACCCUAAUUUUUCUGGGUUCAUCGAUUUUACAAUGGAAGGUGCGAUCUUGGUGUCUGCUCCGUCCUCUCCUCCAUCUUCAACUUCAAUUCCGUCUCUGAUUCUAUCCCAAGACGAGUUGAAGAAAAUCGCGGCGUACAAGGCCGUCGAAUACGUCGAGUCCGGCAUGGUUCUCGGCCUCGGCACCGGCUCCACGGCCAAGCACGCCGUCGACCGAAUCGGCGAUCUCCUCCGGCAGGGCAAGCUCCACAACAUUGUCGGAAUCCCCACCUCCAAGAGGACCCACGAGCAGGCCGUCUCCGUCGGAAUCCCUCUCGCCGAUUUGGACUCCCAUCCGGUCAUCGAUCUCGCCAUCGACGGCGCCGACGAGGUGGACCCCAACCUGAACCUGGUCAAGGGUCGAGGCGGGUCGCUGCUGAGGGAGAAGAUGGUGGAGGGCGCGUGCCGCAAGUUCGUGGUGAUUGUGGAUGAGUCGAAGCUGGUGAAGCAUUUGGGAGGCAGCGGGCUGGCGAUGCCGGUGGAGGUCGUGCCGUUUUGCUGGAAGUUCACGGCGAAGAGGCUGCAGAGUUUGUUUGAGGAGGCUGGCUGUGUUGCCAAGCUGAGAGCCUCGAAUGGCGAGGCGUAUGUGACAGACAAUGGGAACUACAUUGUGGAUUUGUAUUUCGAGGAGGACAUUGGGGAUUUGAAGGCGGCGAGCGAUGCGAUGUUGCAGCUGGCUGGUGUUGUGGAGCAUGGGAUGUUCCUGGACAUGGCGACUACUGUGAUCGUGGCAGGGGAGCUUGGGAUAACGGUGAAGAAUAAGUAGGCCGGUGGAGGGAGGUAGUCUGGAUUUAGUAUCUGACUUCUUAAUGUAGGAGCAGCAAGUUUUCAUGGCUCUUUGCUUUUUGCAAUCAGAUUGUGGAACAUUUGGCUGGUCUUCAAUGUAACAAAGGGAGAGGGUUUUGUCUCCUGGUAUUAAUUUAUACUUCUGUUUCUUUUUUGGAAGAUUCUGUUAGAACAUUUUGGAUGAUAUCUAUUUGUGAGUUGGUGAUUGA